AUGAGAUUUUGGCUGACAUGUUUAGAAAAACUGCUUUCUAAAUAGAUUCCAAAGUAGGAUAAGUUCUUCAGUUCAGUUGUUAAAAAUGUGUUUAUUAUGAUCGACUUUUUUUUUUUUACACAGAAAUUUCUUAAGAUUAUUGCUGUUAGGGAUCUCUGGGAACCCUAGUACCAGCUUGAUAAUUGUGGAAAGAAUUUUGGAUUUAUAGAUCUAAGGAGCUGAGUUUUAAUUGCAACUUCUAUUUACCAUCAAUAUGAUUUUUUGCCAAUUUAUUAAAAAUUCUUGGGACAUAAGUUCCUCAUCUAUAAAAAGAAAAUUGAAUUAAAUUACUUAUGAGGUAGAGAUAUCCAACACAUGGCCAGACAACUCCCAAAUGGGGCUCUCCGGAUUAAAAUGUAAUUGGGAAAGAUUUAAUAAAAAAAAAAAUGCAAUGUAGCGUAGAUAAUGUUCAGUUAUGGUUUUCUAAGAUCUGCAGAGAUCUGUUUCUAUUUGGGUUUGACUCCACAGCUCUGAGAUCCCUUACAGUUAUAAAAUUUAUAUAUUCUGUGACCAGUUCUUUCAGUAAUGCAUGAAUCUCUGAUGCUCUAUUAAUUAAUCUAACUUUGCUCUACACUGUGGGGAGUACAAGUAGCCUCUGGUCAAGAACUUUAUAUUUAGUUUAGAGAAAGCAAAUAAAUAUAAACUAACCAGCCAAACAUGAUGAUAAAUGAUAAUAAUAGCCUUUAUGUACUACCUACUAUAUGUGGAGCUAUACUGAAGUACUUUUCAAAUAUUAUCUCAUUUGAUUCUCAGAACAACUUUCGGAAGUAGGUGCUUGUUGAAGAAGUAGAAGUGAUUAUAAGUGACAUGACUUGCCCAGGGUUACUUAGACAGUUAAUAAGUUUCUGAGGUCAGAUUUAAAUUUAGGUUUUCCUCACUCUAGGACCAGCACCCUAUCCACUGUGCCACCUACUUGCCUUAGUGUAUAGAUAAAUGAAUCGGAAUAAAUUGUGCAACUUCUUUGGACUUCUCUUUCCUUACUUGUAGAAAAAGGUUGAUUAUAUAUAUUGUACCUCUCAGCUAAAAAUUCAAAUUAAAUAAAUGUUCACAUGUUAUGUAUAUCAUUGUUUUGAGUGCAGAGGAUUCACAGGUGGAGGGGAAAACCCAAAAGCCAGCAUUCCUUUACCAUAGCUUUUAAUCUAAAGAGAGAGUAAAACAAGUUCAUAAAGUAUGAUAAAAAGUAGAAUGUAGUAAGAGUGAAAUCUAGAUAAAAUAUAGUAUUUAAGGAAUGAUCAAUUUCAGUUGAUUAAAAAAAGCAACUUGGGCUUUGCAAGAAGAACAGAAUUACAAUAGGGGAAGAUUUUUAUGGCAGUUUAUUCUAAUUGUGCUGGCCUGUCCAAAUGCAUAAAGGUGGGAAAGGGCAGGAAGAAUUGAAGGAAUAGUAGUAAGGAUCUACUUGUUUGGAAAUGUUAUAAGAUUCCUAUAGAAGUAUAGGUUGGACUGGAGAGCUUCCAAUUUAUAUUCCAGAAAAGUGUGAUAAGACUGGAAAGGUAACUUGGAAUUGAACUUUAAUUAGCCUGUGGUGCUAAGUCAAGGGAUUUUUGCUUUGGUUUAAUAGUUAACGAGUUUUAAGCAGGAGAAUUACAUGGUCAGACUUGUACUUGAAUCAACCAAUAAAUGUUUAUCAUCUAUGUGCCAAACAUUGGAUAUUAUUUUUGCAUCUAUAUGGCUUAUGGAAGUGAGAGAGUAAUAUCAGGGAAGCCAAUUAGAAAUUGAUGUCACAAGUGAUAAUAAGUAUGAUAUAGGGUAAUUAGAGAGAAAGGGAAUUAUGUGAAAGAUUGCAUAGAAGUAAAAGAGACAGGACUUCACAACUAGUUAACAAGGCUACAUUACACAGAGGGAAAAGUUCAAGAUUCUGAAAUUUUGAAUGUUGUAGUAAUUGGAUUGUAGUGACUUAAUGAUAUUAACAGAAAUAGGAAGUUGGAGGAGGGGUAGAUUUUAGUGGAAAGAUGAAUUCUAUUUUGAACAUGUUGAGUUUGAAAUGUUGAAAUAACUAAUCAGACAAUUGGAAAUGUCAAACUGGAUUUUAGUGGGAGGGUGGUUUAGAUGUAGAUAUUUGUGAGUCUCUGCAUUGUCGUGGAAGAUUCCAAGUCUUCAGCCUCAGGUGAGAAAGAAGAGCAAAACCUUGCACCUUACUGCACUGUCUGCUGAGGAAUGAUUACUAGGAGCCAUCACUGUAAUUUCCAUUUGCACCAUUCAAGGCAACUUCCACCUCCUGCUACCAGCUAGAUCUCCAUAUUUGGAUGUGAAGAACCUCCUGUGAGAAGAGGACCCAACUUCCCUUUGAUCUCAGGCCUUCCAUCUCCUGCUGAGCAGAUAUCCCAUGUUACCCUAUCACCUGCAGAGCCUGGGCAGAGACAGGAUCACACCAUGGGAUAUUUCUCAAAGAUUUUGCUGGAACAGACACAUCUCUAGUUGUAUGAGGUGGCCUGGAAAUGAUUCUUGGUCUCCUUAUCCAUACUUCAGCAGUCAACAUUGCCCACUAAAUUGGAGGCCACCUUGUUUGUUUCUACCUAAUAGAAAUCAGUUUCAGCAGUGGAAUUGGAGACCAGACAACUUUACACAUACAUCUUUGUUUCACCUUUCUAGUUAUAUCAUGGACUCUGAGGAAGAUAAGCCAUCAUCCAAACGUCAAAAAACUCAAGGCGUGAUAAAGCGGCAUUGGGAAUACCUCUGUCAACAUAAUAAAGAAAACAUGAAGAUCCUAGGAGAUAAACAUGUUGACCAAAAAUGUAAAGAUGAGAAGGAAAAAUUUGAGUUUUCAGUCAUGUCCUAUAAUAUCCUUUCACAGGAUUUAUUGGAAGAUAACUCAUAUCUCUAUAGACACUGCCGAAAGCCAGUCUUGAUCUGGGGCUUUAGAUUUCCUAAUAUCCUAAGAGAAAUUAAACACAUGGAUGCAGAUAUUCUGUGUUUACAAGAAGUACAAGAAGAUCAUUAUAGAAAAGAAAUUAAGCCAAAUUUGGAAUCAUUAGGAUAUCAUUGUGAAUAUAAAAUGAGGACAGGAAGGAAACCUGAUGGCUGUGCUAUUUGCUUCAAAUGUUCCAAAUUUACACUAUUAUCUGCAAACCCUGUGGAAUUUUACCGUCGUGAUAUACCCUUAUUGGACAGAGACAAUGUUGGACUGGUAUUACUCCUGCAGCCCAAAUUUCAUUGUACUGUCUCUCCUAUUUGUGUGGCUAAUACACAUCUAUUAUAUAAUCCAAGGCGAGGGGAUAUUAAAUUGACUCAACUGGCUAUGCUACUGGCAGAGAUUUCCAGUGUUGCCCAUCAGAAUGAUGGCACUGUCUGCCCCAUAAUUAUUUGUGGUGACUUUAAUUCAGUUCCUGGCUCCCCACUCUACAGUUUUAUAAAGGAGGGAAAAUUGAAUUAUGAAGGACUUGCCAUAGGAAAAGUUUCUGGUCAGGAACAGUCUCCUCGUGGACAAAGAAUUUUAUCUAUUCCAAUAUGGCCUCCAAGUUUGGGUAUUUCACAGAAUUGUGUUUAUGAGAUACCACAGGUAACAAGAGUAGAAAAGGCAGAAGAGGAUGAUGUGACACAAAAACAGUUGGAAAAAACAGAAGUCCUAGUGGCAGCUAAAAAAUUAUCUUCAAACUUGCAUCACCAUUUUAGCUUGUCAUCUGUAUAUUCACAUUACUUUCCCAACACUGGAAUUCCAGAAGUAACAACUUGUCAUUCAAAAAAUGCUGUAACAGUGGAUUACAUUUUCUAUUCUACAGAAAAGGAAACUAUUAACACACAAGGAACAGAAGUUGCUUUGGUUGGUGGCUUGAAACUUCUGGGUAGAUUGUCACUUCUUACAGAAGAAGACUUAUGGACUGUUAAUGGACUUCCUAAUGAAAAUAAUUCUUCAGAUCAUCUGCCUUUAUUGGCCAAGGUUUUCUACAUUUCUUUUGUGCUGUCAACUUCGAAGCAUUGUUGAGAUACUACAUAUUAUGCAAGCUAAAUACAAUGUCUGCCAUAAAAGACGGAAGUUUUGAUUUUACAUUACUUCUCUUCUGAGCCAAGACUAGAGUUUAUUCUCUAUUACAAGAAAACCAAGAAGACUGCAAAAAGUGGUAAAUGGAAAGACCAUGGGGAGUCUUAACUGAAUAGCUUGUGUCCUAAUCACCAUGAACCAAGCACAUAGGUCAUGGGAGAUUCAUAAGAAUUGGGAGCCAUGAGAGAGAGGCAAGAAAGCACUGGUGUGCAAUUAAACUCAUAUGGAAACUGUAUAAGACUUCAUGUCGACUUAAUUUUAAAAUGUAGUGUUAUCUUGUAUAAAUAUGUAUAUCUAUAUUGGACUUAACAUAUAUUUUAACAAAUUUAACAUGUAUUAGACUACCUGCCAUCUAGGGGAGGGGGUCAGGGGAAGGAAGGGAAAAUUUGGAACAGAAAGUUUUGCAAGGGUCAAUGUUGAAAAAUUACCAAUGCAUAUGUUUUGUAAAUAAAAAGCUUUAAUAAAUUUUUUUAAAUGACAGUAAAAAAAAA